AUGGCGGGCGAGCAGCCGCGCCAGGGGCAGCCGGCAGACGCGGCCGCCGGCAAGUACGCCGCCGUCGUGGUGGCGCUGACGCCGGCCAGGCCCCGCGAGACCUGGGCCAAGAAGGUCGAGUUCCUGCUCGCAGUAAUCGGCUUCGCCGUCGACCUCGGCAACGUCUGGCGCUUCCCCUACAUCUGCUACCAAAACGGCGGCGGCGCCUUCCUGAUCCCUUACUGCAUCAUGCUGGUCUUCGGCGGCCUGCCCCUCUUCUACAUGGAGCUGGCUCUGGGGCAGUUCCAUCGAUGCGGCUGUCUCACCAUCUGGAAGCGCAUCUGUCCCGCUCUCAAAGGUGUGGGCUACGCCAUCUGCCUGAUCGACGUGUACAUGGGCAUGUACUACAACACCAUCAUCGGCUGGGCGGUGUACUACCUGUUCGCGUCGUUCCGCUCGGAGCUGCCGUGGACGAGCUGCGACAACCCGUGGAACACGGCCGACUGCACGCCCGUCUUCUCGCUCGCGCGCACCAACCGCUCCGUCAGCCCCGCCCGCGAGUUCUUUGAGCGCAGCGUGCUGGAGCUGCACCGGUCGGACGGCCUGGACCGCAUGGGGCCCAUCAAGUGGUCGUUGGCGCUCUGCGUCCUCGCCGUCUUCCUGCUCGUCUACUUCUCCCUCUGGAAAGGCGUCCGCAGCGCCGGCAAGGCGGUGUGGGUGACGGCGCUGGCGCCGUACGGCGUGCUGGUGAUCCUGCUGUGCCGCGGCGUGACGCUGCCGGGGGCCGCCGAGGGCAUCCGCUACUACCUCACCCCGGAGUGGCACAAGCUCAGCAACGCCAAGGUGUGGAUAGACGCGGCGUCGCAGAUCUUCUUCUCCCUGGGUCCCGGCUUCGGCACUCUGCUCGCCCUCUCCAGCUACAACAAGUUCAACAACAACUGCUACCGGGAUGCCAUCCUGACGAGCAGCAUCAACUGCCUGACGAGCUUCCUGGCCGGCUUCGUCAUCUUCUCCGUGCUGGGCUACAUGGCGCACGUUCAAAACAAGAGCGUCUCAGAAGUCGGCCUCGAAGGUCCAGGCCUUGUGUUCAUCGUGUACCCGGAGGCCAUAGCGACUAUGUCUGGUUCCGUCUUCUGGUCCAUCAUCUUCUUCCUCAUGCUCAUCACUCUCGGGCUGGACAGCACGUUCGGCGGCCUGGAGGCAAUGAUCACGGCGCUGUGCGACGAGUACCCGCGCGUGCUCGGCCGGCACCGCGAGGCCUUCGUCGCUGUGCUGCUGCUUGCCGUCUACAUCUGCGCACUCCCCACCACCACCUACGGCGGCGAGUACCUGGUGAACCUGCUGAACGUGUACGGCCCGGGCAUCUCGAUCCUGUUCGUGGUGUUCGUCGAGGCGGUGGGCGUGUGCUGGUUCUACGGCGUCAGCCGCUUCUCCAGGGACAUCGAGAAGAUGCUCGGCCACCAGCCCGGCAUCUUCUGGCGCGUCUGCUGGGCCUACAUCAGCCCCAUAUUCAUUCUCGUGAUCUUCAUCUUCUCGCUGAUGGGGUACGAGGAGAUGCUGCCGGGCGAGUACGUGUACCCUGCGUGGAGCAUCAGCGUCGGCUGGGUGCUGACCGCCUCGUCCCUCGUCUGCAUCCCCCUGUACAUCAUCUACAUGCUCAUCACCACUCCCGGGACCUGCCUGCAGCGCGUGAAAGCGGCAGUGAAGCCGUGCGACGAAUGCGACGAGCCGGCAGCGGUGACCGUCAACUCCAACUACGGCGCAGCGGACAGCACGGGCGGCGGCUGCGCAGGCGCAGUGGCGGUCUCUGGCGGCGGCGCGGGCACGCACGUGUGA